CUUUGUAUUAUAGUUAAAAAAUUUGCCGUGAAUUUAAUAUUGCUUGGUGCUUACUGCUUAUUAACAUUUAACAUUAAUUUUUCGAUAUAAAAACAACUAUAGCUAUUUUCGACAUCGUGAUGAAUGAUAUUAACGAGACCACUCAACUAUAUACUUCAUACUUAUUUUGUUAUUACUUACGGUAGGAUUGUUGGAGACGCGAAUAUCUGAUUCGUCAUAUUUGUAUUCUACGAUCUGAGUUGUGAACUCUUAACAAAACUUGUACAGUUGAACACUAUUGCAAUAGACGUGUACUUACCUACAUAAGUUUAUACUAAAUUUUUAUUUUGGAUUAAUAACUAUAUAGGUAUUUAAACUAUGUCUGUAAACACGUUUAUUCGAUGGGAUUAUGUAAUGGACAUUUUAACCCAUUACGGUGUGACUAAAAGUUUUAUGGAAGCAUUUAAACACACUCCCAAUAAUGAAAAAGUUAAACUCUGUAUGCAAAAUGAAUUCAUCAGGAGCUUUUUGGAAAAAUGGUUGGAUGAACCCAAGUUUAAUGACAGUCUAAAAAACUCGACCAAAUCUAAAGAGACUCGGCUGGCGGCUAAUGAAGAGUUCAAAAUGAAUCGCCUGGAGUUGUGCUGUAAGCUAUACACUAAAGCGGCUCAGUUUGCACCGUAUAAAAGUAUAGAAUUAACAUUAGCGUUUUCUAACCGUUCAGCUGUAUACCUGAGGUUAAACAAAUAUCAAGAGUGUUUAAAAGAUAUUGAAGCCAGUCUAAAUAUAUUGGAAAAUGUAGAAAUUAAUGAACAAGACUUUCCUAAAGGACAAUUAAUUGUGAAAUUGUUAAAACGUAAAAUUGAAUGUUUAAUGGCUUUGAAACAAUUUAAAACAGCUAAAACUAUCUGGAAAGAUAUAUUAGAACUAUCAAAGAAUGUUUAUAAAAUACCCUUAGGAGAUCAAUUUAUCAAAAAAUGCAAAGUUUUGUCUGAUUGUGAUAAUUCUAAUUCUAAUGACGAAGAUAUUGUUAAAAAUGCUGACGAAACGCUUACGGAAGAUCUAAUAAAAAAAAAACUGGAUACAAAUAAAAUAACUCUUCCAUUUAGGUCUCCCAAAAUUGAGUUAUGUUAUUCCAAAGCUAAAGGAAGAUAUUUUGUUGCUUCGACAAAAAUAGAAUAUGGAGAACUUUUAAUAUUUGAAAAUCCAUUUGCAUUUGUGCUACUUCCAGAAUAUUACAAUUCAUUUUGUUACAACUGUUGUGUACCACUAAAAUAUUAUUCUGUACCAUGUGAUAAUUGUUGCACUAUUUUGUUUUGUGGUGAUAAGUGUCUUCAAGAAGCAAUGAAUUCAUAUCAUCGCUGGGAAUGUAAACAAGGAACAUCAAUUUUCAAAUGUAUUGGCAUUGCCCAUCUUGCAUUACGUUUGACAAUAGAAACUUCUCAAGCAAACAGCAAUAAUGAUCAAAUUUAUAAUCUAUUAACACAUAUUAAUGAUUUAAAAUCAUUAGAAUUAUACCAAUACAGUCUGACUGCCACUCUUUUGCUUAUAUACUUGCAAAAGAAAACCGAUUUCUUUGAAAAACAUCCAAAUCUUGUGCUUGAUUCAGUGGGAAAUGAAUUACUACACCAUAUGACAAGACUAGUAUGUAAUGGAAAUGCUAUUUCCACUCAUAUGUUGUCAGAUUAUGACUCUGGAUCUCGUACUUCAAUUAUUGACGAAUCUCAACCACGUAUUGGAACAGCUAUUUUUCCUACUUCAAGUUUAUUAAAUCAUUCAUGCGACCCAAAUAUAUUUUCAAGUAAUAUACUGAAGUAUGUCGUCAUUAAAGCUUCCCGAGAUAUAAGCGAAGGAGAAGAAAUUACUAAUUGCUAUGGGCCUAACUUUCUACGGAUGCGAUUAGUCGAAAGACAGGCUUCAUUGAAAAAUCAAUAUCAUUUUGACUGUGAAUGUUCUAUGUGCUUGGAUCCUCAAACAGAUGAUUUAUUUUUUAAAACAUUCGAGGGACUUGCAUGUUUCCAAUGUGGCUAUGGAAUUACAGCAACUUUGUCAGAUUUAGAUGUUAAUGAAACAGUGUAUUGCGGUUCAUGCCGUGUACGAUUUAGAACAUUAGAUUAUGCGAGAAAAUUACUUAAAGCCGACAAAACUUAUAAUAAAGGAAUCAAACAACUCGAGGCAAGUAAUGUUUUACACGCAAUACAUAUUAUUUCUGAGAGCUUAAGACUUUAUAGAGACAUUUUGAACCAAAAUAACUCAUAUAUUGCAAAAUGUGAAGAUAGUAUAGCAAAAUGUUAUGCUUUAGCUGGAGAUUUCGAGAAUUGUUGUGUAUAUUUGGAUAGAAGUUCUAAAGCAAUAGAAAAUCGUUUUGGUAAAAAUAGUUUAGAAGUCGCUUAUGAAUUGGAUAAAAUAACAGAUAUAAUGGUCAAAAGCCUAGACAUGAGAAAUGAUCGGAAUUUAAUUCAUAAAGCAUUAACACUUGUUCGGAGAUCAAUGGAAAUAUUUGAUACCAAGUUGUCUGCAUGGGAUAUUCCGUAUAGUGGUAUAGAAAUUAUUAAACAUAAAGAAAAUAUAUUGUUACAAUUCUUGGAAGAUUAACUGUUUUGUGUUUAUAUUAUGAAAAAUACCUAUGCCAUUAUGUCAACCUCACUAUGCAUUGCUCUACUCGUUAAGGCUCUGAUAUUAUGCAAUGCCUAUUUGAAUAAAAACAAUCUGUGCAUGAUACACACAUUUUCACAGUAAAUCAACAAACUAUUUACAUCAUAACACGAAUCAAGUGAUAUGACAAGUAACCCAUUUGUAUACCUCACUUAAUAUUAUAUAUAUUUUUUUUAAUGUUUAAAAUAAGUUUCGGUUCCAGUUUCUUAUAAUAUUAUGUCUGCGGGGAGUUUUGUCAGGAAUAAAGUAAAAAGACAUUUGCAUAUUCAUAUGUCCCAUAUAUGAUGAUUAAUUGUUGCAAUUGACGAUAUCAAUUUUCUAAGCAUCAGUUUAAUGUAAAUGUUAUUUGCAUUAAUUAUUUUAUUUAUUUAUCGUUAACAUUGUUCUGUAUAAAAUACUACUUUUUUUUUCUUUUAAGAAUAUUUUUUGUAAUCUUAAAUUUAAGUUUUUAGAUUUAUUUGAUUUGUAGUAUUGAAUUUUAACAUUCAUUUAUAUUUAUAUUUAGUAGUAAGGAGUAAUCAUAGCUCCCUAAUACCAACACAAGUCUGCAUAAGCUUACCUAGGUUAAUCAAUUCUGUAACUAUUUGUUAAUUUUAAUCUGUAAUAUAUGAUUUGUUUUGAUUUCAAAUAAUAAAAUACAAUU